AUGGCCCAACUUCCCCUUCCUCAGCAGCUCAUCAUCCUCCAGAGGCUUAUCGACGAUUCAGGUAUGCAGCUGGAUACGGAGAUCUUGACUGGACUGCCUGUCACUGUCGAAGCUCCUCCAAAGCGGUCGCUGAGACUCAUCGCGAAUAACGCUGGUAAUCUUAGCUUUAACGCCUGGCAAGAUCAUCGUCGCGAACACGCAGAGCUCUUCUUCACAAGCUUCACCAAUCAACUUGUCAACUCCGGUCAUCUGGAGCUCUACGACAGCCCGGCCCCAGCUACAGCUACAGCCUCAAACUCAAUAGGUCGACCCCCAGCUCACGGACCUUCGGCUUCUCCGGUUCCAGCUCCUAGAGCUAGAACACCUCGACAAGACAGCGAUGAGGAGGAAGAACGUAUCAGGGUAGAUGAGAGUAUGAGCCGGGAGAUAUCGGAAACCGAGGGAGAUCACCUAUCAGAAGACGAUGAAGAAGAGCAGUUGGAAGACGAGGAAGACGGGCGACAGGAAAACGAAGAGGAUGAUCUACACAAGCGAUGGCCGACACCCGAUUUUUUGAAAGGAGUUACGGUCACGGAGGCGGAGGAAAAGGAGGAAAUGAGACAGUACCACAUCAUGUCCCGGAGAUUGGGUGAUUACUGA